CCAAUAGAUCAGUAACCAUGUUGACCAUACUUGUUCUGUUGUGUCUGGGAGCCUGUCUUCUGUAUUUACAGCUCAGAAUUCGCCGUCCCAAAAACUUCCCCCCUGGACCCACUCCUGUUCCAUUUUUUGGAAAUUUUCUUCAGCUGGACCGCACAAACCCAUUAAAGGACUUCAACAAGUUUGCUCAGCGUUAUGGAUCAAUCUAUGGGCUGUUCAUUGGUAGGCAGCCAGCAGUGGUGUUGACAGGUCAGAAAAUCAUCAGGGAGGCACUGAUCACACGAGCGGUGGAGUUUGCUGGCAGAUCAGACAACAUGAUGGUUAGUCAUGUAACAAAUAGCAAAGGGGUGAUCAUGGCAGAUUAUGGAGAAGGUUGGCGGGAAAAUCUGCGCUUUGCUCUGACCACACUGAGGAACUUUGGCCUUGGAAAGAAGAGUAUGGAGCAGAGGAUUCUGGAGGAGGUCAAAUAUAUAUGCUCACAUUUGGAGGAAUCUGCUGGAAAGUCAAUUGAUCCUCAACAUCUGUACCACCAAGCUGCUUCAAACAUCAUUGCCUCAAUCAUUUUUGGGUCACGUUUCAAUUAUCAGGAUGAAUAUUUCCAGACACUGAUCACAAACAUCGAAAAACUUACUAAGAUUGCCAUUGGGCCAUGGGCAAUGCUCUACGAAAUUGCCCCAGCGUUAAGGAUUUUCCCACUGCCAUUUUGCAAGGCUUUUCAGUAUUUUGCGGGAAUCAAAAAUCACAUUCUUAAAGUUGUGGAUGAGCACAAGAAGUCACGUGUUACUGGGGAGCCCAGAGACCUGAUUGACUGUUACCUGGAGGAGAUGGAGAAAAGAGCAGAUCAACGCACCACAUUUGACGAUUCACAGAUGGUCACUUUACUGUUUGACCUGUUUUUGGCUGGAACUGAAACAACCUCUAACACGCUCCGCACUUUAACGCUUUAUUUAAUGACUCACACUCAUAUACAGGAACAAUGUCAGCGGGAGAUUGAUGAAGUUCUUGGUGAUCGUGAACAUGUCACAUUUGAGGACAGAAACGCCAUGCCUUAUGUUCAAGCAGUGAUUCAUGAGGGUCAGCGUGUUGGUGACAUUGCUCCUCUUAGUAUGUUUCACACCGCCACAACCAACACUCAGCUCCGGGGCUACAACAUCCCAAAGGGGACAAUUAUCAUCCCCUAUCUGUCAUCUGCUCUCAGAGAGGAAAGUCAGUGGAAGUUUCCCCAUGAAUUCAACCCUCAAAACUUCUUGAAUGAUAAGGGUGAAUUUGUGAAGCCUGAUGCAUUCAUGCCUUUCUCUGCAGGAUCUCGUUUGUGUUUAGGAGAAAAUCUAGCUCGCAUGGAGCUCUUUCUCAUCCUGGUCACUGUGCUGCGGCGUUUCCGUCUGAUCUGGCCGGAGGACGCAGGAGAACCAGACUUUAAACUUAUAUAUGGUGGGACACAGUCAGUGAAACCUUAUCGUCUGACUGUCCAACUGCGUACACCUGGGGAGACUUGCAAAUCUGUUUACUGAACAUAGGUUGCCCUUCAGUGACAACAUGCCCCAAUAGUGGGUUAUGAUGUCACACUAUGUGUCAGUACUGCAAGCAGCUAGAAAGGUCAGCAUUCAUGGUAUCUACACUCUUAAAAAUAAAGGUGCUUCACAGCGAUGCCAUAGAAGAACCAUUUUUGGUUCCACAAAGAACCAUUCAGUCAAAGGUUCUUUAAAGAACCAUCUCUUUCUUACCUAUUUAUAAUCUGAAGAACCUUCUUUAACCACAAAGAACAUUUUGUGAGACAGAAAGGUUCUUCAUAUGUUAAAGGUUCUUUAUGGAACCAUUUAGACAAAAAGGUUCUUCUAUGGCAUCAUGAGCACCUUUAUUUUUAAGAGUGUAUUCAGCAUGUAAUCAAAAGUUUUGAUGAAGUAUGACACAGCCAAUGAGGUUCUGUGCUAGAACAGAUCUUGCUGCCAGUACAGUAAAUAUUUUGUCACCGUACCUUAUGACAGUAUCACAUGGUAUACUGUAAUGUAAAAUGCUGUAUUCUUUGCCAUCUGUCUCCCUUCUUCAGAUUCAUCUCUUAUCCAUCAGAUGUUAUACAGUCUGUAAAUAUUUCCUCUCUCUUGUACUCUACCCAGCUCUAUGUUCACAAACUGUAAAUCUCUCCUGUCUCCUGGUUAUCAUCUAAGAGAAAUAAUUAAAAUGAAAAAGAAUUCCUUA